AUGAAUUUGAAUUGGAUCUUCUUCGUUACGAAAGCGCUAGCAAAUUUACUGGAAAUAGACGAUCAAGAUAGUUGUCAGAAGCCAGGAAGCUGUUUAGCUAAUCACACAAUAUACGAUAUUGCUGACGUUGCUAUCGAAAGUGAUAGACUAUCAACGGAAUUACCUACUAAUGAAGGUAUCGACAACUUAGACUUAGAAAUCCUCCCAAAUUUAGAGCUCGGUCCUACCAGCACACCCCCAGCACCGCUACCAAUCCCAACGUCACCACUCAAAGAUCGUUUCAACCAUGCAUCAUCAGAUUGCGCUGCUGUUAUUCUACAAUCAACACCAAAUUCUAAAGGUGCAUCGUCUAUUCUAUCAGAGAAGAAAGAUCGUUAUAUGUUGUCUCCCUGUAAUGCAUCAAAGCGAUGGGUUAUCACUGAACUCUGUAAUGAAAUCAGAAUAGACACUAUUGAACUUGCUAACUAUGAGUUCUUCUCCGGCGCAUUCAAGAAGUUCACAGUUAGCGUUUCAAGAUCUUGGCCAGUCUCUGAUGAAGGUUGGCUAACUGUCGGUGAAUUUAGAGCAAAGAAUAUCAGAGGUGUUCAAACAUUUCAGCUACCAAGACCUACACCAGAUUUCUACAGGUAUUUACGCAUAGAUUUCUUAGAUCACUACGGAAAUGAGUAUUAUUGUCCAUUAUCACUACUUAGAGUCUAUGGUGUUGACCAAAUGGAAGCAUUCAGAUUGGAGGAAGAUGUUGAAUCGGUUAACAAUGCAAAAGAGGAUACACCGAUUGUUGUUCAUGACGAUUUUGAAGAUUUACAUAAAUUUUUGGAGAAUUCUCAGUAUCAAGAUGACAUUUAUGUAUCUCCUGAGGAAAUAGAGGCGUUUGAGACAACCCUCUAUCAAGAGGAUCUUAUCUCACCGGCUUGUCCACCACCUAAUGCUCAUCUAAAGAAUAUCAAUGAGACUGACUUCGGUGAGUUUGAGCCAACAAAGUCAUCUUCACAGCAACACCAGCAGCCGCAAAGAACACCCUCGCAAGUUAACGCUGGAGAGUCAAUUUAUAGGACCAUCAAUAAACGUCUAGCGACUCUCGAAACUCAAUCACAGAUGUUAAGCAGGGCUUUGAAAGAUUCGAGACUGGCUCAACGGGGUUUGAGUGGAAAAGUUGAAGCAUUAGCUUUAAGGAAUGAAGUCAGAUUGGCUGAAACUAUGAAAACUCUCGAACGGGCUCAUAAGGAGACACAAGAUGAGAGAGAUAGACUGAAAUCUGAAGUUUCCUAUUUAACAUCUGAGGUGAUGGUCGGUAAAAGAUUAAGUAUUGCUCAGGUUGUUAUCUUAUUGGCAGUCGUCUGUAUUGGAAUUAUCACUCGAGGGUCUGCAACAACAAUACGUCCACUUAAGAGAAGAUGGAGAAGGGAGAAUUCACAAGUAACACCAAUGCAGAAAAGUGCAUCUUUACCACCAGAUGAGUAUCCUCCAACGGCCACAAGGUCGAGAGCAGCUUCAAUUUCCGGUCUUAAAUUACAACUUGACGGUGAAGACCAUUUUAAUGAACAAUCUAACUCUAACUUACCUGCAUUUGUGCAUCAAAAAUUCUAAUUUAUUCUUCUAGAUAGUUGUAAUUUUAACUUUAAAAGUCAAUCUGCGUCGUAGCAGAUAAAGCAGAGGUUACGUAUUUUAUUCUUUCAUGCAUUGCUUUUUAU